AGAGAGAAACCAAACAUACAUGAGCCUGUUGUAGAGAGAGAAACCCAGCCCCACCUAAAAGGAAGCCUCUCCAUUGAGAUUCCCACAGUCAUGGAGAAGCCUUUCCUCUCUUCUUGGCCUUGGGCAAACCUGGGCAACUUCAAGUAUGUUCUAUAUGGACCACUAAUUGCAGAGACUGUGAGAUUGAGACAUUGGGGGAAAAAUUAUCAAGCAAAAGAGGAUUGGUGUCUCCACAUACUCCUAAUCUCAACACUUAGAUGCUUUAUUCACCAGUUGUGGUUCUCUUACUCUUCUAUACAUUUCUUGGCGGAAAAACACAGGAUUAUGAAGCAAGGGGUCGAUUUUCAGCAGAUUGAUAGAGAGUGGGACUGGGAUAAUUUCAUUAUUCUUCAGGCAGUGAUGGCUGCUUUAUUUUGCCGUAUCUCCUGGUUUUCAGAGAGCUUUCCUUUGUGGAAUUUAAAUGGAUUCCUUUGUGCAAUGGCCAUACAUGCUGCCGUUGCAGAACCUCUGUAUUACUUUUUCCACAGAGCCUUUCACUCAUACAAAUGCCUCUACAACCAUUACCAUUCUCUCCACCAUUCCUCUGUGGAAACCCAGUCUUUCACAGCUGGAAAUGCAAGUCUACUAGAGCACAUGGUCCUCAGUAUGGUUAUGGGGAUCCCUCUUCUAGGUUCUAUGUGGCUUGGAGGCACAUCUACAGGCCUUAUCUAUCUUUAUAUUUUGGGUUUUGACUUCUUGAGGUCCCUAGGCCAUUGCAAUGUUGAAGUUAUUCCUGCCAAGCUCUUCGAUUGCUUCCCAUUCAUAAGAUAUCUUAUUUACUCUCCAACAUACCACAGCUUACAUCAUCAGGAGCAAGACACCAACUUCUGCCUUUCCAUGCCCCUUUACGACGCCCUAUUUCACACUCUCAACCCUAAAUCGUGGGAUCUCCAAAGGAAGAACAGCAAAGGUGAAGAAGCGAGAGUAGCGGAUUUUGUGUUCCUUGCUCACAAUGUGGACGUGUACGCUUCGUUGCAUCAUGCAUUUCUGAUGCGGUCUUUCAGUUCCUUGCCAUGUGAGAUGAGGUUAUGCUUAGUGCCACCGUGGUCCAUUGCAUUUUUGUUCAUGUUGGGAUUGUCGUCCUUCAGGGGGAAUACCAUGAUCAUCUCUUCUUACCACCUCAGAAAAAAGAUGCAACAGACUUGGGGUGUCACAAGAUAUGGCUUCCAGUACUUCUUGCCCUUCUGUAAAGAUGAGAUCAAUAAUACCAUUGAGGAGGCCAUUUUAAGUGCAGAUAAAGCUGGAGUUAAGGUCUUAAGCUUGGCAGCUUUGAAUAAGAGUGAAGCACUUAAUGGUGGGGGAAAGAUAUUUGUUGACAAAAACCCCAAUCUUAGAGUGAGAGUUGUCCAUGGAAACACUCUCACUGCUGCAGUCAUUCUACGUGAGAUCAAUGAGAAGGUGGAUGAUGUUUUCUUGACUGGGGCUACAUCUAAACUGGGAAGAGCCAUAGCUAUCUAUCUUUGCAUUCGAAAAGUUCGGGUUUUGAUGCUCACAAACUCCAAGAAACGAUUCGAGAGCAUAUUGCACGAAGCCCCAGUUGAGUAUCGCAAGUUCCUUGUCCAUGUGACUCGGUAUGACGAAGGCAAAAACUGCAAGACUUGGAUUGUGGGUAAAUGGAUGUCCGCAAGGGACCAAAGAUGGGCUCCCCCUGGAACAUAUUUCCAUCAAUUUGCAAUUCCGGUGAUCACAGAAUCUAGAAGAGAUUGCAAAUAUGGGAAAAUGGCGGCCAUAAGAUUGCCUGAAGAUGUUCAGGGCUUGGGAUCCUGCGAGUAUGUGAUGGGUCGAGGCGUCGUACACGCAUGCCAUGCUGGAGGUAUGGUUCAUUUAUUAGAAGGUUGGAAGCACCAUGAAGUCGGAGCCAUUGAUGUGGAUAUGAUUGAUGUGGUUUGGAACAAAGCUCUCAAACAUGGAUUCAAACCAGUUACAGACUAGAGAUUUCUUGUGUCACUUAUUCUAGUUGGAAUCUGCAAGGGCGUUACAUAUCUAAUACACUUUUGCUUUUCAUUUUUUAUUUUGGAUUGCAUGAGGCAAGGAAAUUAUGCAUUGAUUAUAUUGGGAAUGAUCAAAAUCAUUCAUAUUUGGAGAUAUUCGAUGUUUCAUGCCCUCGAA